UCGCAGGGUUUAAGCUACUGAGAAGAAACGAAUCUUCUCAGAAACCCUAAAACUCCCCAGAGAAUCACUGUGAAGAUGGAAUUGCAAGCUCUUUGCUUUGGACUCUCUGUUCCGAGAUUUGGAUUAUCAACUCGAAAUUUUGUCUCACAUCCUCCUGGUUCUUCGAGAUAUUCAACAAAUCAAAGUUUUCGUCUCAGAGUUCCUUCGAGACACAGCUUUGCUUCUGGGUUUCGAGAUGCUCCACAUUGUGCAUUAAGUCUGAAUCGAGGAGGUGUAAUAUGUUUGGCUCGAUCCGAAUCAGACCUCGAAUCUAAGAACUUGGAGAAGCGUAACAUACGUGAUGGAGCCGAGCCUUUCCGUGGAAAACCGGGUUCCAUUUCGUUCCAGGGUCUAACGCAUCAGCUCGUGGAAGAAAGUAAACUGGUUUCGGGACCAUUCCAGGAAGAGAAGGGUUCAUUCCUGUGGGUUUUGGCCCCUGUUGCUUUGAUAUCAUCCUUGAUUCUUCCGCAGUUCUUUCUAAGCGGUGCCAUUGAAGUUUGGUUCAAAAACGACAUCCUCAUAGAAAUUGUCGCUUCUAUUUGCUUUGAGGCGAUGUUUUAUGCUGGCCUCGCAACGUUUCUGUCUGUAACUGACCGUGUGCAAAGGCCAUACUUAGACUUCAGUUCCAAGAGAUGGGGUCUAAUCACGGGGCUAAGGGGAUACCUGUCAUCUGCAUUUCUCGCUAUGGGUCUAAAAGUUGUAGUCCCACUAUUUGCUCUCUACAUGAACUGGCCAGCUCUAGGGAUAGAUGCAUUGAUCGCCGUCCUUCCUUUCUUGGUUGGUUGUGCGGUUCAACGAGCUUUCGAGGCCCAUCUUGAAAGACGUGGCUCAUCAUGCUGGCCUGUCGUUCCCAUAAUUUUCGAGGUAUAUAGGAUGUAUCAGCUGACAAGAGCUGCCACUUUUAUUCAAAGGCUAAUGUUCCUACUGAAAGAUGCUCCAUCAAGUCCAGUAGUGGCAGAGAGAGGUGUAGCCCUUGUUGGUAUGGUCGUGAGUUUCCAAUUCCUGGCUAUCGUUUGCCUCUGGUCACUUAUCACAUUUCUCUUACGCCUCUUCCCGUCCAGACCUGUAGCCGAAAACUAUUGAUUCCGUGUGCAAUGCUGCACAUGUAGCCCAUUGAGUCUGCUUCUUGUCUUCAUUUUUUCCCAUUUCAUAGGAAAUUAGCUUUAUAGCGUUUAUGCAAUAGGAUGUUUGAGUUAACAAUUUCUCCUGCAGCAUUUCGCCCUAUAAAGUUUUGUUGUCCGUAUAUAGAGCUCGGCUUUUGUUGUAGGUUACAGCUCAAGAUCUGAAAUGAGAGUGGUCAUAUAAUUUUCAGUCUUUUAUACAAA